AUGCGAAAGUUGGAAUGGGACGACAUGGGAGUGAAGGUUGAUGGUCGGCAGCUACACCAUUUGCGCUUUGCUGAUGACAUCGUUCUGAUAACACCUAGCAUCAGCCAAGCGGAACGAAUGCUGACCGAAUUCGAAGAAACAUGUGGAUGCAUCGGUCUUCAGCUGAGUCUCCAAAAGACAAUGUUCAUGCGCAAUGGAUGGGUCUCGGAUCCCUCAUUCACGCUCAAUGGAACGAACACAUCCGAAUGCACCACCUAUGUUUAUCUGGGUCGGAAAUUGAACAUGAUGAACGGCCGGACCCCCGACCAGGAAGAGACGAGCGGCUUGGGGAGCGUAUAA